AUGAACGGACUCAAUGCACCUCUAUCUCCAGUCUCAAUAGGAAGUAACGAGUGGUCAGCGUACACGCCUAGGGACACCGACGGGCCAUAUCCCGCUUCCCGCUCCCAGAUAAUCUCGCCUCCAAACUCGGGAAGCUCGAUGGGAACCAUGAAUGGCGCCGCUUUCCCCCCAGGGCCGCGCAGCGCUGGCGGCCCUUCACCACCGCCGUCGAUCGGCAGGUCGAGUACGGCAACGAAUCUGUAUGCACGAAGCGAGAGCGGGAGGAGCACGCGAGGAGAGGAUACCGAGGGCAUACUGGGGGAACACUACGUCGCGCUCAAGCGCUUCCUGUCCUCGACUUCUCGCGAUGGAAAGCCCAACUCCCAACCCAACAAGGCCCGCGACAAGCUGCAGCGCCUGACCUCUGUCCAGUUCCUCGAGCUCAGUACGGAUGUGUUUGACGAACUUAUGCGAAGACAGGCCUUCGCCAGAAGGCCCCCCAACGCUCCUCCCAACGCAGGGCCGCCGCCCUACCUCAUGCCGGAGGAGAGUUUCCAUCCGAAACGAAACCAGGCGAGACAGAAGCUGUCAUCAUUAGGGCCUCCGCGCUUUCGAGAUCUUGCGACGGAUGUCUUUGUCGAGUUGGAGAGGAGGUUUCCUCGAUUUUCUGCAGGCGACAUUCCGCGGAUGGGCAGCCCAGCCUCGUCGGUUCGUGCUCCCAGUAGAACUGGUACACCCGUCAAUGGUAUGGGUGGCUUCCCGCCCCGAGGUCCCAACCGCAUCAGGCGGCCUUCCGAGUCCGGUUCGAUCAGGUCCAUGCGAAGCGGUAUGGGCCCGCCCAUGGGGAAUGGCUACAGUGUCCCUCCCUCGCCCGGAUUGCCGCCAAACAACUAUGAUCGGCCCCAGCCAAAGCAGUUCCAGAGCAAUACUAUAGUUCCUAACAAGAGUACGAUGGUGGAGGAAGAUGACGAGCCUGCGUCGCCUGUCAGUAACAAAAACGCAGAUCCCUAUGGUCUGGAUGGCUCUCCCGGGAGGCGGAGACAGAGCAAGCGAGACGACCCGCCCUUCCCCCCUGCUCGCUCUGAGGACGACAAACGCAUGAUCGAGGACUAUGAGAACCAAGUGCGAGAAAUGCGCGCAAGGCUGGAUGACAUGGAGACUGCGAUGAAGAAAAAGGACGAUGAGCUGAGCUCACUAAUGGAUGGAGAGCGUUCUCGAGCCACGGCGGCGAACGUGGAGAAGCAAGAGCUUGCUGAUCUCCGCCGAGACCUCGAAUCGCAACUGGCCGAUGCCCAGAACCUUAACGACUCGCUUCAGCAAGAACUGGGCAGGAUGAGGGACGACCAUGCAGCGGAAACUCGCGACUUACGAGAGCAGGUAGAAUCCCUCCGCCUUUCUGCGAACUCGAAUCUUAGCAAAGGGGCUGGCAACGGCAACGCUGAGCUCGAGAAAGAGAACCAGGAACUGAGGAUGACGUUGAGGGAACAACAAGCCGUCACCGAGGAGGUUCGCCGGGAGGCCCAGGGUUUCCUCAAGGAGAUGAGGCUGCUCUCUGAGCAGAGUGGUUCCGCGUGGGAGAAGCAGUCAGAGCUGGAGAGGACCAUCGAAUCCCUGGAACAAGAGGUGCGCGACUGGCGCAAUCGUUAUGCCCGCACCAAGACACAGCUCCGAAACAUGCGGGCUUCGUCUAUGGGCUUGACUAUCGAUCAAGAUGCGGGCAAGUAUGUGCGGGAGAAGGGCUUUACUAUGGACAACGGCAUGGUUAAGGACGUUCACGUUACCAAGUUCCAGAUUGCCAUCGACGAGCUGCUCAGACGGGCGAGGACAGAGGAGUCAGAGAAGGCCAUUGACUCGAUGAAGGCUGUUGUUGUCAGCGUGCGCAGGAUUACCAAGGACAUUGAUGAGUCGCCCGCCAGCAGUGGUGAGGUCGCGCAGCUCCAAGGCAAACUCAAGGCGCGCGUGUCAUCUACUGCCAACAAUCUCAUCACGGCCGCCAAGAACUUUGCGAUGUCUGCUGGAAUCUCGCCCGUCUCGCUACUGGAUGCUGCCGCGUCCCAUCUCGUCGCCGCCGUUGUCGAACUACUGCGAACCGUCAAGAUCCGAUCAACCCCGGCUGGGGAGCUCGAGGACGAUGAUGACGGCACCAUCACCCCGGUAGACUCGACCGGUUUCUUCUCGCCGCGGAGCAAUGGACAGACAACGUCGACUACCCUGUCGACUGAAGAGUCACUGCCUCCGCCACCUCCUUUCCAGGGACUCGGUCCCCGUGCUAGUGUCGGUUCUUCUGCUUAUAGUCCCAUCAGCUCUCCGCGAGAGUCGGUGGAUAGGUAUUCAGCCAAGCGUCCUAUGUCGCGCGGUAACGGUCUUCCUAAUGGUAAUGGCGCGGGCUUCAUGGGUGUCUCCAAGGCACUGCCGCCGGCGCCCAAUGGCUAUGGCAUGCGGAAUCGAGAUGAGGACCUCAAGAUCUACUUGGAUGACCAGACAGCUAUCCUGGUCCAAACCAUUCAGAAUCUUGUAGGCUCCAUCCGAAGUGACGCUGCCAUCGACGAGAUCACGGGCCAGAUCAACGACAUCGCCGACAUUGUGGGCAAGGUUGUCUCCGAGACCGAAUCGAGUGGCAACGGCGGUCAGAUGCUCGACCGCCUCGAGACCUGCCGCCAGCGGCUGUUGGAAGCUGGCGACCGCGGCGAGGAUCUCGCUGCCGAUGGCAAGGGCCCCAACGACCGCGAGUGGCGCAUGUGGACGCAGACCCUGCCCCCGAUCGCCUUUGAGAUCGCCCGCGAGACCAAGGAGCUCGUCCAGCGGAUCGACCGGCUCGUCAUGGCCAACGGCGACGAUGACUUUUCAUGA